CUCUGCCGCGUCUUCCUCUCCAGAUCGACAAGUACCUGUACACCAUGCGGCUCUCCGACGAGACCCUGCUGGACGUCAUGGCUCGCUUCAGGAGGGAGAUGAAAAACGGCCUCUCCAGGGAUUGUAACCCCACGGCGACGGUAAAAAUGCUCCCUACGUUUGUGAGGUCCAUUCCCGACGGAUCAGAGAAAGGAGAUUUCAUUGCGCUGGAUCUUGGUGGUUCUUACUUUCGCAUUCUGCGGGUGAAGGUGUCGCACGAGAAAAAGCAGACGGUACAAAUGGAAAGUGAAAUUUAUAAUACACCUGAAGACAUCAUGCAUGGCAGCGGGACACAGCUUUUUGAUCAUGUUGCUGAAUGCCUGGGAGACUUUAUGGAGAAACAACAGAUCAAAGACAAGAAAUUACCAGUCGGGUUUACGUUCUCUUUCCCGUGCCGGCAAUCCAAGCUGGACGAGGUAAGAACACUGGGACUGAUGAUAACCAUGAGCGGUGUUUUCCAGAGGCGCCACAGGGUACAAGUAACGCUGUGUUUCCCCUGCCAGGACUACGACGCCGAUAUCAUGGCUGUGGUGAACGACACCGUCGGGACCAUGAUGACCUGCGGUUUUGACGACCAGCGCUGCGAAGUUGGCCUGAUCAUUGGCACCGGCACCAACGCCUGCUACAUGGAGGAGAUGAGGCACAUCGACCUGGUGGAAGGUGACGAGGGGAGGAUGUGCAUCAACACGGAGUGGGGGGCCUUCGGGGACGACGGGUCGCUGGAAGACAUCAGGACCGAGUUCGACCGCGAGAUCGACCGUGGCUCCCUCAAUCCUGGAAAACAGCUGUUUGAGAAGAUGGUGAGCGGGCUGUACAUGGGGGAGCUGGUCAGGCUCAUCCUGGUGAAGAUGGCCAAAGAGGGGCUGCUCUUUGAGGGGAGAAUCACCCCCGAGCUUCUGACCAAAGGGAAGUUUGAGACGAAGCACGUUUCUGCCAUAGAAAAGAGCAAAGAAGGUCUGAGCAAAGCCAAAGACAUUUUAACCCGCCUGGGGGUGGAGCCGUCGCACGAGGACUGCGUGGCCGUCCAGCACGUCUGCACCAUCGUGUCCUUCCGCUCGGCCAGGGCGGCCGCGCGGGGGGCCAUCCUCUGCCAGCUGCGGGACAACAAGGGGGUCGGCCGGCUCCGCACCACCGUCGGGGUGGAUGGCUCCCUCUACAAGAUGCACCCGCAGUACUCCCGGCGCUUGCACAAAACCACCCGGCGCUUGGUGCCUGACUCGGAAGUGCGGUUCCUGCUGUCGGAGAGCGGCAGUGGGAAAGGGGCGGCGAUGGUGACGGCGGUGGCUUACCGGCUGUCGGAGCAGCACCGGCUCAUCGACGAGACCCUGGCCGAGUUCAAGCUCACUCAUGAGCAGCUGCUGCAGGUGAAGAAGAGGAUGAGGACGGAGAUGGAAGCGGGGCUGAACAAGACGACCCACGAGACCGCCAAAGUGAAGAUGCUGCCCACCUUCGUCCGCAGCACGCCAGAUGGGACAGAGAAUGGAGACUUUCUGGCACUUGACCUCGGAGGAACAAACUUUAGAGUCUUGCUAGUGAAAAUCCGCGGCGGUAAAAGGAGAACGGUAGAAAUGCACAACAAGAUAUACGCCAUUCCUAUAGAGGUGAUGCAAGGAACAGGAGAAGAGCUGUUUGAUCACAUCGUUACCUGCAUUUCUGACUUCCUGGAUUAUAUGGGAAUAAAAGGUGCACGGCUUCCUCUUGGCUUCACGUUUUCCUUCCCUUGCAAACAGACCAGCUUGGAUGCUGGUAUACUGCUAAACUGGACAAAAGGAUUUAAAGCUACAGACUGCGAGGGCGAAGAUGUGGUAUAUUUGCUUAGAGAAGGAAUCAAAAGGAGAGAGGAGUUUGACUUGGAUGUGGUGGCCGUGGUGAACGAUACAGUUGGCACGAUGAUGACUUGUGCUUAUGAAGACCCCAAUUGUGAAAUUGGACUCAUUGUGGGAACUGGCAGCAAUGCCUGUUACAUGGAGGAGAUGAGAAACAUAGAGAUGGUGGAUGGUGAGCAAGGAAGGAUGUGCGUGAACAUGGAGUGGGGAGCUUUUGGGGAUAACGGAUGCCUGGACGACAUCAGGACGAUAUAUGACAAGGCAGUUGAUGACUAUUCGCUAAACGCUGGCAAGCAAAGGUACGAGAAGAUGAUUAGCGGCAUGUACCUGGGGGAAAUCGUCCGCAAUAUUUUGAUCGACUUCACCAAACGGGGCUUCCUGUUCAGAGGUCAGAUCUCGGAGACGCUGAAGACCAGGCACAUCUUUGAAACCAAGUUCCUCUCUCAGAUUGAGAGCGACCGGUUAGCCUUGCUCCAGGUGCGGACCAUCCUGCAGCAGCUGGGGCUGAACAGCACCUGCGACGACAGCAUCAUCGUCAAGACGGUGUGCGGGGCCGUGUCGCGGCGAGCGGCGCAGCUGUGCGGCGCCGGCAUGGCUGCGGUCGUAGAUAAAAUUAGGGAGAACAGGGGACUGGAGCACCUGGAAAUAACGGUUGGUGUCGAUGGGACGCUCUACAAGCUACAUCCGCACUUUUCGAGGAUCAUGCACCAAACAGUGAAAGACCUGGCGCCCAAGUGCGACGUGACGUUCCUCCUCUCGGAGGACGGCAGCGGCAAAGGGGCAGCGCUCAUCACGGCCGUGGGCUGCAGGCUUCGCGACGCCGAGCAGAACUGAACUCCUCCAUCCUGGCCCCGACGCUGCCUCGCGAGCACUUUCUCAUAAAGCAGCGACUACCUAGUCUGAACUGGUAAAAACCCAGAACUCACUGCUUUAUCGGAGAGAAAAAAAAAAAACAACUAAUGACAUAAAAAAAAAAUAGGAUACAAGAUAGAAUGUGUGCUGUUAAUAAUAUCUCCUCUUUCUGGACCCCAAUCUGCAUGUUUCUCAUUCACCUUGUUGGUACCUUCCCCAUCUGUAGGUCAUUGAAAAUCAGUCUAUACUUUCUGCAGCUGUCAAAAAUGGGUUGUUGUCCGAGCUGAAAUUGCCCCCAAGUGAUGUGCAUUGAGAGCUGCUGUUGCAUCGGGCAAAACGUGCUCUUCCCGGCAUCCCCGUUGUUAAGCGCGCCGCCACCACCACCACCACGCCGACCACGAGACCCGGGGGUUUACGCUUUUACGAGACGGGGAAGCCACAGUUCCCUCCUGCAGCUCUACCUGCCGUUGUUUCGUUUCAAGCGGCCGUGGAAACGUUUACGGUGCGUCGGCACCGUGCACGCGUCUAUCGCUAUAGUGGGACUGGGCAACGCGACUUAACUUGCUUCCUCGAUUCCUGUUUUGUCACGGUAAAAGUAAAUGCCUUUGUCCCACAGAUCUGGUUCCACUGGUAUUUCCUACUGCUUCUGUGAAUAGUGUUGUGUUACCCAGCAAAACCUGUAAUGUUUCGGCAAAAAAAAUCCUGAAGGAGUAAAAUGAAGUGGUUGGUGAUUGGGGUAAUCCAAAUCUCCCGGCGUGGGAAACGGGCAGAUGUAUGGUCCCGAGGCAGGCUGUGCUGUACACCCCUGCUUAAGAGUUCUUACAAAAAUACUUCCUAUCUCUUCUUGCUAGCAUGGAUGGGGGCACUGCGGCUGCCGGUCUACUGACCCUGCAGCGAAACGGUGUCGCUCGGACGUGUACUGCCUCCUCUCGCCUUAAAUGGGUGUUUGCUUCCACUCAAAGCUUUAAUCUUUAAUGUUGUUAAGCAGCCACUCAAAACACAACAGCUGAAGUUAAGUGAGUAGAAAGGAAUCUGAGGGUGAUUUUUCACCUGAGCUUUGAGGACCCGCGUGCAUAAACCAACCAAACCACAAAACCCAGCUUAUUCCAAGGACUGGAACAACAACAGAGAUUACACACGCUUGGUGCGUCCUGUCCUCGUCGAGUCGAUACCAUUGUUGUAUUUGCAUAGCAGUCAUAUUGCCUAAAUUGAGAAGCAGGUUAAGAAAGCAGAAGUUAAACAACAUUUGCAAGUCACGCCGCUUUCUUUCUGCAAAGAGGGAGACCCCACAACAGCAUUUAAUUCCCGCUCUCCUACCAAAAAUGAAUUUGAGAUCUCUAGGUGGUUUUUCCCUCCUCUCUUCUCCUGCGGAAAGCAGACGGAAAUGCGCGGGGCUCCUCCUCUUUAUUCUCUUUGCACCCCCUAAGAUGUGGAUUGCCCUACCUAUUGGUAACGUGUCCGUGUGCAUUGCGGUGCACUGCGCGCGCAUGUCGUAAAGUAACACGUGAGUCACAACCAGGCGUUGCAGCUUUAAGUGUGCGUCUACCUGAAAAAGUGCAUGCCUCACCGGUUUGGCAAAGGUAGAGAGUCUUUUUACUUUGCGCACUGGUAGCUACGAUACUAGUGUUACGUGAUGUUUGUGGAAAAUAUUAAACUUUUGUUGAUGUGCGUUAA